GCUACGCAGAUAUAAAGUCCUAGGGAGCAGUAACUCCGACUCAGACCUUUUCUCCCGCCUGGCCCAAAUUCUUCAAAAUGGAUCUCAGAAAUCUCGGAGCACCACUCAGUGCAAGACUCCAGGGUCGCCGCACAAUCCAAAAACACCACCCAAGAGUCCAGGGGCCCCGCGCAGGAGUCCCAGUGCCUCUCCUCGAAGCUCAUCCUUGCCUCGCACAUCUAGCUCUUCACCAUCCCGGGCAGGACGGCCCCACCAUGACCAGAGGAGUUCAUCCCCACAUCUGGGGAGAAGCAAGUCACCUCCCAGCCACUCAGGAUCUUCCUCCUCCAGGAGAUCCUGCCAGCAGGAGCAUUGCAAACCCAGCAAGAAUGGCUUGAAAGGAUCCGGCAGCCUUCACCACCACUCAGCCAGCACUAAAAACCCCCCAGGGAAGAAACCUCAGUCUCCCCAGAGCUGCAUCCGUCCCGCGGCGGCCCGGGCCCAGUUCGAGUCCCGGCAGGUGUCGGUUGCAGCCGUCGUACGGUGGAUCGAGCGCAGCACCCAGAGUUUGGAGGGUAACCCCGGGGAGGCGGCCGUCUUGAGCGCACUCCAGCCGCUGCGGAAAGAAUUCGUGCCGUUCCUGCUGAACUUCCUGAGGGAGCAGAGCAGCCGCAUCCUCCCGCAGGGGCCCCCGACCCCCGCCAAGGCCCCGGGCGCGUCGGCAGCCUUGCCGGGGAGGCCGGGGGGCCCGCCGCGGGGCAGCCGCGGGGCGCGAAGCCAGCUCUUCCCUCCGACUGAGCCCCAGGGCGCCGCCGCCGCCGAGGCCCCUCUGGCCCGUCCUGUGGCUACUCUCAGCAGGACGAAGCCUUCACGCAGGAUCAACCCAACCCCGGUGAGCGAGGAGCGGUCACUCUCCAAGCCCAAGACCUGCUUCACCUCACCCCCCAUCAGCUGUGUCCCCAGUUCCCAACCCUCAGCCCUGGACACUAGCCCUUGGGGCCUUGGCCUUUCCCCAGGGUGCAGAAGUCUGCAAGAGGAGCGGGAGAUGCUCAGGAAGGAGCGCUCUAAGCAGCCGCAGCAGUCACCUAACCCCACCUGUCCCACCCCAGAACUGGGGUCGUCCCUCCCCAGCCGGGCAGGAAGCCUCCCAGAUGAACCCGCUGAUCCUGCCAGAGUGUCUUCCAGGCCGCGUCUGGAGCUGGUGGCCCUUGUUUACUCCUCAUGCAUUGCUGAGAACCUCGUACCAAACCUCUUCUUGGAGCUCUUCUUUGUCCUUCAGCUCCUUACUGCCCGGAGGAUGGUGCCCACUAAGGACAGUGACCUUGAGCUGAGUCUAGGUGGCGUAGAUUCCCUGGAAAGUCCACUGUUCCAGAGUAUCCACGAUUGUGUCUUCUUUGCGGUGCAGGUUUUAGAGCAUCAGUUUCAGGUUCUUUCCUACCUGGACAAAGGGACCUUGAAGCUGCUGGCUGAGAAUGAGCGGCUGCUGUGCUUCUCACCAGCUCUGCAAGGCCGCCUUCGAGCUGCCUAUGAGGGCAGCGUUGCCAAGGUCUCUCUGGUGAUGCCACCCUCUGCUCAAGCUGUCUCCUUUCAGCCAGAGACUGACAAUCGUGCCAACUUCUCCAGUGACCGAGCCUUUCAUACUUUUAAAAAACAGAGGGAUGUGUUUUAUGAGGUGCUUCGAGAGUGGGAAGACCGCCAUGAGGAGCCCGGCUGGGAUUUUGAGAAGGGCUUGGGCAGCAGGAUCAGAGCCAUGAUGGGUCAACUCUCCACAGCCUGCAGCCAUGGCCACUUUGUUCGGCUUUUCCAAAAACAACUCCUCCAGAUGUGUCAGAGCCUUGGUGGUGCUGGGGGCACCGUCUUGGGUGAGGCCCCAGAUGUGCUGAGUAUGCUGGGAGCUGACAAGUUGGGGCGGUUGCGGCGCCUGCAAGAGCGACUUGUGGCCCCUCAGAGUGGUGGGGGGCCCUGCCCACCCCCCACCUUCCCAGGCUGUCAAGGCUUCUUUAGGGACUUCAUCCUGAGUGCCAGCAGCUUUCAGUUUAAUCAGCAUCUCAUGGACAGUCUGAGCUUGAAGAUCCGGGAGCUCAAUGGCCUCGCCCUGCCUCAGCACGAACCCAGUGAUGAAGAUGGGGAGUCAGAUGUAGACUGGCAGGGUGAACGGAGGCAAUUUGCUGUGGUGCUUCUUAGCCUGCGGCUUUUGGCUAAAUUCCUGGGCUUUGUGGCUUUCCUGCCAUAUCGGGGACCUGAACCACCCCCAACCGGAGAGCUGCAGGACUCCAUUCUGGCCCUCAGGAGCCAGGUCCCUCCGGUCCUGGAUGUUCGAACUCUGCUGCAGCAAGGGCUGCGGGCAGGCCGGGCAGUGCUCACCGUGCCCUGGCUGGUGGAGUUCCUUUCCUUUGCUGACCACGUCGCGCCUUUGCUAGACUACUACCGAAGUGUCUUUGCUCUCCUGCUGCACCUGCAUCGGAGCUUGGUGUUAUCACAGGACAGUGAAGGGGAGAUGUGUUUCAUGAACAAGCUGCUGCUGCUCGCUGUCCUAGGCUGGCUUUUCCAGAUUCCCACAAUCCCUGAAGAUUUGUUCUUUCUGGAAGAGGGUCAGUUGGAUGCCUUUGAGGCAGACACAGUAGCCUCAGAACAUGGCUUGGACAGCGUGCCUGUCGUGGACCAGCAGCUGCUCUAUACCUGCUGUCCCUACAUUGGUGAGCUCCGGAAACUGCUUGCUUCGUGGGUAUCAGGCAGUAGUGGACGGAGUGGGGGCUUCGUGAGGAAAAUCACUCCUACCACCACCACUGGCCUGGGAGCGCAGCCUCCUCAGACUUCCCAGGGGCUGCAGACACAGCUUGCCCAGGCCUUUUUCCACAACCAGCCACCUUCCCUGCGCAGGACUGUAGAGUUUGUGGCAGAGAGAAUUGGAUCAAACUGUGUCAAACAUAUCAAGGCCACACUGGUGGCAGAUCUGGUGCACAAGGCAGAGUCACUUCUCCAAGAGCAGCUGGUGCCACAAGGACAGGAAGAGGGCGAUCCAGUCCAGCUGUUGGAGAUCUUGUGUUCCCAGCUGUGCCCCCAUGGGACCCAGGCACUGACGCAGGGGCGGGAGUUCUGCCAGAGGAAGAGCCCUGGGGCCGUGCGGGCGCUGCUUCCAGAGGAGACCCCAGCAGCCGUUCUAAGCAGUGCAGAGAACAUAGCUGUGGGGCUUGCAACAGAGAAAGCCUGUGCUUGGUUGUCAGCCAACAUCACAGCGCUGAUUAGGAGGGAGGUGAAAGCAGCAGUGAGUCGCACUCUUCGAGCCCAGGGUCCUGAACCUGCUGCCCGGGGAGAGCGGAGGGGCUGCUCCCGCGCUUGUGAGCACCAUGCUCCCCUCCCCUCCCACCUCAUCUCCGAGAUAAAAGAUGUGCUCUCCCUGGCUGCGGGGCCGCGGGACCCUGACGAGGGAGUCUCCCCAGAGCAUCUGGAGCAUCUCCUAGGCCAGUUGGGCCAGACACUGCAGUGCCGCCAGUUCCUGUGCCCACCUGCUGAGCAGCAUCUGGCAAAGUGCUCUGUGGAAUUAGCCUCCCUCCUUGUUGCAGACCAAAUUCCCAUCCUAGGGCCCCCAGCACAGCACAGGCUGGAGAGAGGGCAGGCUCGAAGGCUUCUGCACAUGCUGCUUUCCCUGUGGAAGGAUGCCUUUCAGGGGCCGGUCCCACUACAGCUGCUGCUGAGCCCCAGAAAUGUGGGGCUUCUGGCAGACACAAGGCCGAGGGAGUGGGACCUGCUGCUGUUCUUGCUCCGGGAGCUGGUAGAGAAGGGUCUGAUGGGACGGAUGGAGAUAGAGACCUGCUUGGGCAGCCUCCACGAGGCCCAGUGGCCAGGGGACUUCUCUGAAGAAUUGACAACACUGUUUAACCUGUUCCUAGCUGAGCCCCAUCUGCCAGAACCCCAGCUAAGAGCUUGUGAGCUAGUGCAGCCAAAUCGGGGGACAUUGCUGGCCCAGAGCUAGGGCAGGGAAGUGGCCCUGCCCUGGGCAUCUCACCAGAACUCUGGAACCCUGCCUGUGCCUCAGGAGGAACCCAAAAGUCCAGUGCCACCCCAAGUGCCCACCCUUGCUGGCGUGGGAGUAGCUGGGUGUAUAAUCAGACUUCCUGCUCAGAUGUGAAGGAAAGGUGCAGCUGCGGGCCUCCCACCAACUACAGGCUCGCCACUUGAAUCCUAGAGGAAGGAGCAUUCACCUGAUUCAGAAUCGUGGCAGGAAAGCCUAAGAGACUCCGGUCCUGGAUGGAAGAGUUGGUGGUUACCACUUGGAUACUAAAUGAAAUAAGGUGUGUGGGCUUGUCAACACAGGAUUCAAGCUUCACUUGCUGCUAUCCCAGCAUCUCUUAAAACUUUGUGGUCUGGGAAAUCGUGACAGAGACUUCUGCUUAACUUGUGAGAAAAGCUAAAACAUGAAUCUUAGGAGCCUACCUUUUCUUACUACCAGGAGCUAGACUGCCAUCUCCUCAAAAGUGCACAACAGAUGAAGUAGGACUGACCUGACUGAGACCUAGCUUUACCCCUGUGCAGGUAGUAACCCUUUAGAAUACUCUCUGUCCAAGGACUCAGCACAGCGUGUACACUAGAGCUUUUUAAAAUAAACUGUUUCUUUAACAAGGA